UUGGUUGUUUUUUUUUUGGCUUACCUACAGGCUAUCUUAGACUCACCCGAUCAGCAACUUACAUUGAACGAAAUCUAUUCGUGGUUCAUACACAAGUUCGCUUAUUUUAGAAGAAAUGCCGCCACUUGGAAGGUAAGAUGGGGUCUGAGUUAACUUCCUUUUCACAAAUUGCUUGUGGGAGUACUUAAAUCGAGAAAGCCCCAUUGUAAAAUCAUCAUUGCGUUCGAUGUAGAAGAACGCACUCCUAAUACAGAUUGAUGCGAUAUUUUUUGCGGGACAACGUAGGACACGUAUCUGGCUUAUGUAACACGCAGGGGCAAAUGAGAGUCUUGGAUCGAGAACAGUCGACGCACUCCGUAAUCGUUGAUUAUUACUUAAAGAUGUGAUUAUUUUCUUUUCUUCUGACAGAACGCUGUCCGCCAUAAUUUGUCUCUUCACAAAUGUUUUGUGCGGAAGGAGAACGUAAAAGGAGCCGUGUGGAUCGUAGACGAGGAUGAGUAUAUGAAACGCCGUCCUCAGUCCAAAGUGACGCACAGCAGUGCAGCACGGUGAGCUUUCUUUUCGGUAUUUUCUCCGUCUCAUAAAGCAAUGUAAGACGAAAUUUCCAGGAGGGUUUGUGCGCCCCGUGAGUAACACUAUAUAGAGGAUAUUACACGGUGGCGCGAAGAUGUAAGUUUUAUUUUCGAGUGGCAAAACAAUAUUUUAUGAACGAGCGCAGCGAGUGGGUAAAAUAAUUAUUGUUUUUGCCACGAGAAAAUAAAAUUCAUAUCUUCAAGCCGCCGUGUAAUGUUCUUUUUAUUAUAUAGACAAAAUGAUAUCGAUAAAAUAAUAGAGGGAAAUUACCAAAAUUACGUCAUCGAUAAACUCGCGUGUGAGAUUAUGGAGAAUAAACCACUCGGGUGCCGGAUGUAGUUUUUAUGAAUUUUACGAGUGGUAUAUUUUCCAGUAAAACAUUCGUGUCUAUAUAAUAAAACUACUAUCAACGCACCUUCUAAUUUUCGUUUUACAUCGUGCUAGAAGACUGGUGAGGCAAGAGCGAGAACGUUUAAUGCAACAAGGAGCCUUGGGAGGCCUUCCCACUCAGGUCAACUUGAUGGCUGUCAGCGUCUCCAACUCUAAUGACGUCAGCGAGGAUGAAGGUUCCAGUCAGGAGGAUGGUGGUCGCAAGAGAAGCUCGGACGAGGACACUGGGGACGAAUCACCGUCCCAUAAGCGCAGAGAUGUGAGAGACGGAGAAGAAGUGGAGGGCGUGGUCGGAGGAAUCACUAAACUCGUGGAGUUUUGCUCCAAAGACAUAAAGUAAGAAAACUAGUGAAAAGCUAGUACUUGUGGCUGGUGAACAUCUUAGUUAUAAAGGAAACUUGAAAAGUACACAGUAAUUUUCAAGGAGUUAUAAUAACUCCUCUAGUGGGGCUAAUUUAACUUCUUACAAUGGAGUUAUUUUUUGGGGAGUUAUUUUAACUCCAAAAAGGAGUUUAAAGAACUCUUUUUCAGGAGUAAAAGUGACUCCAGAUAUUGAGGAAUUAAAAUGACUCCCAAAAAGGAGUUAUCCUGUACCUAAAAUCUUUACUCCACUUUCAGAGUUAAAUUAACUUCAAAAAGAGUAACUCCAGACUGGGAGUAAAAGGAACUCUUUUUCAGGAGUAAGAAUGACCCCAAAUUCGGACUUAAAUUAGGAGUUAAAGUAACCCCAAAAAAGGGGUUAUCCUGUACCUAAAAUUUUUACUCCAUUUUUGGAGUUAUAAUAAAAAUUACGGUGUACCCAGAGUUUUUAUUGCAUACAGGCUUUCGGGCGUUGGACAACACGAAUAGAUAAUUUUAUUGCUCUUCUGCCAGUCGCUCUUCUCUAGACGGGGAUAUAUGAACGGUGCGAGCAAAUAAGAGGGAGAGAAUUUGAAAAAAAUAUUUUGGCAACAUCCUAGAACUACAGUCUGCUUGUGUCAGAAAUAGGAUUUCAUUGUGUAUGUAGUAGCUGAUAAUCAAGUUAGAAUUGUUUUUUAGUUCACAGAUAUGGAAUAAACCUUUACGCACACUUUCAAGUAUAAUUCAGUGCCCCCUUGAGAAAUUCAUGAAAAUUUCAGUAAUGGUUAAUAAAGGGCGAUUAAUGGUAAAUCAACAAUGGUCAUUAUGAUGGAUCAAUGUUGAUCCGGUGGUCACCUCUAUUUUGUUACAUCUGCAGCAGUCAAUUGUCACAGUCUCAAGUGCAAGUAAAGCUAGAGCCAACCGAGGAUGGUGCAAUCGUUGCGAUAAACGGUGACAGCCAAUCAGACGAUGGGAAUUACCAUUCCUCGCACAUGAACGGGAGCAUUUUAAUGGAGACUGGGUCCAGUGAAGAAGAGGUUAGGCAGCGGUAA